AUCCAUUGCGCUUUGACAAAUGAUUCGGUUCUGGACUACAAACACGAAUAAAGAAGUUAAAAAACUACAAACAUGGCGAAUGUGCGCGACCGACGCCAUAACCGACGGGAUUUGAGUUACUAAUAAUAAUCUGCAAUUAAACCUGUUAAUUUUUUUAAUGUAUGUUAUCUCUGUUAGGAUAUUUCAUCUGUAACAACAUUGUGAAAUUUUAUAAACAUCCGUUUGGCCAUUAACUUUAAAAAGCAGAGUUUUCUGCAUAAAGACCCGCGGCUUAAUUUCUCUCCAGCACGGUAGGAAGUUAAAUGAGAUGAAAUGUGGAGGACGUUUACUGUGACAACAUGAUUGACAGGCCAGUUGGUUUACAGCAUAGUUUACACAGCGACAGGUCUUUUUACUGUAUGGGUGUUUGUAACUAUGCGACAGAGCGUACCGACGCAACUGUAUGACGUCCACGCGUCAUUACGCUCGAUAACGUAGUGCAUCAUGGCGGCGCCCCACUCCACCAUGAAAUUCUGGAAACCCGGCUCGGAGGCUCCAGGUGUGUGUGAGGAGAGGGAUCUGUGCUCUGAGACCACCGGCUCCCCCAUCAUCUAUAACCCCCACACAGCGCUCUCCAUCGAGAAACAGAGGCAGAGGCUGCCCGUCUUCAAGCACAGAAACAAUAUCCUGUAUCUGGUGGAGAGUUUCCAGACUGUGGUGAUUGUUGGAGAAACAGGAUCUGGAAAAAGCACACAAAUCCCACAGUAUCUGCUGGAGGCGGGAUGGGCGGCGGAUGGGAAGGUGAUCGCCGUGACUCAGCCGCGGCGAGUGGCUGCCACAUCUGUGGCCGGUCGCGUGGCGGAGGAGCGGGGGGCGUAUCUGGGGCAUGAGGUGGGCUACAGCAUCCGCUUCGAUGACUGCUCUGACCCGCACGCCACACGCAUUAAGUUUCUGACAGACGGGAUGUUGGUUCGGGAGAUGAUGUCUGACCCGCUGCUGAAGAAGUACAGUGUGAUAAUUCUGGAUGAAGCUCACGAGCGAACACUUUACACUGACAUCGCCAUCGGCCUCCUGAAGAAGAUUCAGAAGAAGCGCAGAGACCUGCGAUUGAUCGUUGCUUCAGCCACUUUGGAUGCCAAGAAAUUCCACGAUUUCUUCAACCUCAAUGAGUCUGGAGACCCGAAUAAAGACACCUGUGCGAUCCUGACGGUGGAGGGCCGCACUUUCCCCGUGGAUAUUUUCUACACUGUCAGUCCUGUGCCGGACUACGUGAAGGCUACGGUGGAAACCGUGAUGAAGAUCCACGAGACGGAGGAGGAUGGAGAUGUGCUGGCCUUUCUCACCGGACAGGAGGAGGUGGAGAAGGUGGUGUCUAUGCUCCAGGAACAGGCCCGGACUUUGUCCCGUUACGGGAUGAAGAAGCACCUGUGUGUGCUGCCCAUGUACGCGGGCCUGCCCUAUAACGAGCAGAUGAGGGUGUUCGAGAGGAUGCCCCCUACUGUCAGAAAGGUGGUGGUCGCCACCAAUAUAGCGGAGACGUCCAUCACCAUUAACGGCGUGGUGUUUGUGAUCGACUGUGCGUUUGUGAAGCUGAGGGCGUAUAAUCCACACACGGCGAUCGAGUCUCUGAUCGUCACGCCCAUCUCUAAAGCCUCGGCCUGUCAGAGAGCCGGGAGAGCGGGGAGAAACCGCGCCGGGAAGUGUUUCCGGCUCUACACGGAGGAGGACUUUGAGAAGCUGCCCGAGUCGACGGUUCCUGAGAUGCAGCGCUCGAAUCUGGCUCCGGUCAUCCUGCAGCUCAAAGCUCUGGGCAUUGACAACGUGCUGCGGUUCAGCUUCCUGUCUCCUCCACCUGCUCAGUCCAUGGUCCAGGCCCUGGAGCUGCUCUACGCUCUCGGAGGUCUGGAUCAGUUCGGCCGUCUCACUGACCCCAUGGGGGUGCGGAUGGCCGAGUUCCCCCUCAGUCCCAUGUUUGCCAAGAUGCUGCUGGAGUCAGGAAACUUCGGCUGCUCCAAGGAGAUCGUCACUAUAGCGGCCAUGAUGCAAAUACAGAACAUCUUUGUAGCGCCGCACAACCAGAAGAAAUCAGCUGCGAGGGAGCGCAGGAAGUUUGCUGUGGCCGAGGGAGAUCAUCUCACCAUGCUGAAUGUUUACGAGGCUUUCAUAAAGCAUCAGAAGAGCUCUCAGUGGUGUCAGGAUCAUUUCCUCCACUAUAAAGGGCUCCUGCGGGCCGUGGCUGUGCGUGAGCAGCUCAGACACCUCCUCAACAAGUUCAAGGUGCCGCGGACCUCCAGUGAAGGUGAUCCUGAUGUGAUUCUCCGAUGUAUUGUGUCUGGGUUUUUUGCGAAUGCCGCCCGAAUGCAUCACUCGGGCUCCUACAGGACUCUCCGUGAUGACCGAGAGCUCUACAUUCACCCUGAUUCAGUGCUGUAUGGAGAAAAGCCCCCGAAAUGGGUGGUCUUCAACGAGGUGGUUCAGACCAGUAAGUACUACAUGCGUGACGUGACGGCGGUGGAGUCGUCCUGGCUGGUGGAGCUGGCCCCGCACUUCUACAGACAGGCCAAGCCUGAUACUGAUUUGAGAUGUCUGUUCUCUGUGACGUGUCUUGUAGCACGGGUCUCUGAGCAGCAAACGGGCCAAAGUCUUCUGAGCGGAGCUGCUCUCACACUUCAAGUCUCUGCUCAACAGCUGAACAUAGACGCUCCUCUCAAACUAACACGGCGAAGGAGGGAACACUGUGCUAUUUUGUACAUACAGGUGUAUAUGAUACAUUCAUGCGCUCACGGUCAUCUUUCUAUUAUUUAAUAGCCAUUGGAAUAACUUGACUGUGAUUUGUUGAGUGUUUGAGAGCGAGAGAACGACAGCUUUACAACAUCGCACGAAGCCCUACCCUCAACAAUAACCAGAAUAAUACUAUUAUAAGCUACUUUUCACCAGUUAUUUCAAACCCUCGUCGGAGAAAUACUGUGUAGCUCAAACGUAGUGGCCUUGUAACCAUUAUGUGCCAAAUAUUAUAAAUCCGUAGAACAUUUCCUGAUGUAUAUGAAAUGUGACAUGAAUUGUAGUUACACUGUCAGCAUGAGACAAAAAAAGUGCCAUUUUUUUAAUCUAAUAUAUAUAUAUAUAUAUAGAUCCCCAUUAAGUAGCCUUGUAAUGCACCUCUGGCCUAAAAACUGUGGUGUUAGGUGUAAUAAUUAAUUCAUAGUGUAGUGUCUCAUUUAGGAAAGAUCAGCCAUGACUUGUUCAGUGUGGUGAGUGAAGAGCACAGCCAACGAGAGCCUCAGGGAGGAGCUUCUUUCUUAUUAAAGUUAACGGGGUGCUAACUCUGGACAUGGCAACCCUUCUCAGGCCACGCCUCUUCUGGGCGUGGCCUUUCAUAGGAAGCUGAGGUGCCAAUCAUGUGGGUGGAGGCGGAGCCUCUGUCAUAAAGGGAUGUUUUGACAAUGUUUGUGAUGUUUUAGUUUUACUGUGACAUGUUGGAUUUUUCGAUCCCUGUAUAGUUUAUUAUAUCCAAAAAACAAAAAACUAAAAAAAACUACACUCAAGGUUACUUGUGUAACAUUAUUACCAAAUGUCUUGAAGACAAUCCCUGUGGUUGUAGAGUAUAUGUAGUGUAGUUAGCUGCUGACCGAGUCCUAUUGAUAGCAGUUUAAACGUUCUUGCAUGUCUUUAAACGAUUCCCAUCUCACGUAGUUCACAGCAGUGCAGGAAAUCACACUGAGCUCAAUGUUCCUCCGACUCUGUCCAGAUGUGCUGCUCCACAGCCUGAUGUUCACUGUAACACAUGUGCCGAGUCUGUACUCAUCUCUGUUUUACCCAGAAUAAAGAAGGAAACUGUGGA